AUGGUGGCAGAGUCAAUACCACGACACAUCACGCCUCCCACCACUUCAUCUCGUUCUUCUUCCGUGUCCGCCACCCUUUCCCCUUCUACCGCAACGGCCCCUCGCUCCCGCACUCCCAUGGCUCCCGGGUCGCCCAUCUACGACCGACUCGAAGCUGGCCGGCCCCCUCCAAAGCAGUCGCUUCGUUUUGGCUGGAGAAAGUUUGCCAUUGGCGCCAGUUUGCUGCUCGUGUUGGUGUGGCUGUUUGUGCCCAAAGAGCGACGCCACUUGCCGAAAUGGAGCUCGAGCUCAGGGGAUGAAGUCAUCCCACCACUCCGACGACCAACACAAACGCCCGCCAAAUCGCCCUCAAAUGGCCUCAAACAUCCUACAUCCUUCGACGAAGAUUCGGACCCAACUAAGACCACAUACUGCAAAAAACCGCACUCUUCUUCUGAGCAACUCGUUCAGUUUGGCCUCAUGAUAGACGCGGGCUCCACUGGCUCACGUAUCCACAUCUACAAAUUCAACAACUGCGGUCCCCAGCCUGUCUACGAGUAUGAAGUCUUCAAACAGACGGAAACAACCAAAAAGAGUGGUCUGUCUUCAUUUGCUGGCCGACCUGAGGCGGCAGCUGCCUCGUUGGAUGUUCUCAUGCAGGAGGCCAUGCGUGUUGUCCCUCCUUCGCUGCGGAAAUGCACUCCCGUUGCUGUUCGCGCGACUGCUGGACUGCGAUUGCUUCCAGGCUCCCAAUCCGCUGACAUUCUCGCGGCCGUCACAACCCAUUUACGCGACAACUACCCUUUCUCGCUCCCUUCCAAGGACCCCGUGACGAUCAUGGACGGCGCUGACGAAGCCGUGUUUGCCUGGAUAACCGCCAACUAUCUCCUCGGGUCAAUCCGCGCAGAUGCCAAACCCAAGACGCCCACUUUUGCCGUUCUCGACCUCGGAGGGGCAAGCACACAAAUCGUUUUUGCGCCAGUCGGCGAUGCACCGCUUCACGAAGGAGAACACAAAUACGACCUUGACUUUGGCGGUAAAACGCGUGUGCUGUACCAGCAUUCGUACUUGGGCUAUGGGCUAAUGCAGGCCCGUGCUAGCAUCCACCGUGUUGUCCACUUUAUGUCGUCGCUACACCACGAUCCGCCUGUUGCAGCUCAUGGCCAGGAUCCCGUCAUCAGCAAUCCUUGUCUUUCUCGCGAAACCCGUCGCAGAGUCGAGCUCCCAAUAGACGGCGGGGCGAUGCAGAACUUUACCAUGGACGGCGGUGAUGUGGGUGGAUUCGAGGCUUGUAAAAAGAUCGUCGACCUCGUGCUUGCCAAAGACGCGGUUUGCACUGUCCGGCCCUGCGCUUUCGGAGGUGUCUACCAGCCUGCACUGAGUGAAGCCUUCCCGGCUCACGCUGGUCGGGUUCUCCUCCUCAGCUACUUCUACGACCGUGUUGCACCGCUUAUGCCCAAACCGAAAGGCGACACCCAGCUUGCUACGACAGUUGAUGAGAUCGCUGAUCUGGCCAAAGUUGUGUGCAAGGGAAGAGAAGGGUGGCUUCCUCGAUGGGGCGCGCAAACUGCGUUGAUGGCAGACUUGGAGGAGCGCCCGGAGUGGUGUCUUGACUUGACGUUUAUGCAUCGUCUGCUGCGGAACGGUUACGAGUUUGACGGCCACCGGGAAGUGAUGUAUGGCAAGCAGAUUGCGGGGACAGAGUUGGGUUGGGCGCUGGGUGCUGGAUUCAAGCUUGUUGGAGGUGUAGAUGUACAGUGUCGUGUUUAG